AUGGGCAUCUCUCUGGAGAUCCAGUGGUCCUGCCUUGGCCCCCUAGGUGCUGUGAGUCUGGGCCGGACCGAGUGGGUUUCCCUGGUUCUGGUGUGGGACCUGUCUGACUCCCCCUCUCUGCAGCGCUCCCAGGCCCUGCUCAGCCCAGUGGUGUACUGCGGACCCCAUGGAACCUCAUUCCUGCGGCCCUGCCUCCUGUCCUUCAAGCACUGCGGUGGCAAUGCCUCCCAGGUGCACGUCUACGCCAGCGACACCGCCCUGCUCCCAUCCAAGAGGUUGGGCGAGGUGGGAGCCCAGACCAAAACCUGCAUCACCCGCGAUGAGUGCCAGGUAGCACUCACACACUUCAGUCUGUACACCGCUGUCCUGGAAGUGCGCGACAGUGCCGAGGCUCACAAGUGGCUCCAGCUGGCCGUGUUCUCCUCUCCGCUGGCCGCCGAGCAGACUCACCAGCAGAUCUGGGUCUACUUUCUCAACAACACCCCCUGUGCUCUGCAGUGGGCGAGCUGCAAUGAGAAGCCCUUCCUGGGCCGGCUCUGUGGUCCGGUCCAGAUCUUCGACUUUACCAGCGCCAGCAGUGACAUGCUCCUGGUCCUCAAGUACCUGUCAGAAGGCUGGGAUAACGUGGACGAGAGUGUCAGCCAGUCUGUCCCUUUCCUGCACAUCUGGCACGGGAGGUGUCCCUUCCGCUCCUUCUGCUUCAAGAGAAAGCAGGCUGACUGCACCCAAGACUCCAGUGAGAUUAUAGUGACCAUGCACACCUAUCAGCAUGGUCAGCAGGGAAAAUACUUUGAGAUCCUUCGUUCCCACCUGUCUAAGACGGGCUGCCACGUGGAGAGCAUUGCACCAGAGCCAUACCGCAACAGGACCCCAUUUCGUUGGCAAGAUGCCCCGAGAGCUCUUUGACCAGCUGCAGAUGCUGCUGGAGCCAAGCACGGUGAGCGGGAACGACUGGACGAAACUGGCUUCCCGUCUGGGGCUCUGCGGGACGACGAUCAAGUAGGAGGGAGUCCUUCACUGCAGCUCCAGGGGUGGGGCAGCGGGAAUACUGCAGCUCUCUCCACUCAUUUCACCCUUUAACCCUCAAGGACAGAGCAUUUCUGUUUUCACUGUUAGACCGUGACACAUCUACCUUAGUCAGGGCCCUCCAGUUAAUGAAAUGUUUUAAUCAUUUUUGUAUGAUACAUUUUUAAACUUUUUGACAGGUACUCUUUGAGUCCCUAAUAUUUUUUAUUAACAUAUCAGAUUCUCCAAACCCAGACACAAAUCAUUACAAGGAGACGGACAAAGGUUAAACAGUCAGUGUAAUAAAAAAAGGCAGUAAUCCCAGGCUGUGUGUGCAACAAUGCAUACCUUCAGUCAUAAAACACACAGGUACUGACUUUAUAACACCUUGUACAGUAGAACCUCUUCUGCUUUGAAAUAAACAGAGUGGUUGGCAAGUCAAUGGGUUACUACUUCUGAUUAUAUUGCGUGCCGACUUCAGCAUAUAAUAUUCAGUAAUAUUAUAUGGGUAGUUUCUGUGUCUUAUAUGGGAAUAUGUCACAUUACAAAGAGGCUGCAUUUCCAGGGCUGUGACUAGUUAACUAAUCACUGUGUUAAGUAGUGUAUGUUUCUGUACAGAUCUGCAGUAUUAACUCCGAACGCACUCUAUGCAGUUUAUAGCACGUGUGCGCUGCUAACCCUCGUGGGCAGGUUCAUGUCGUGCCAGCAGAGCCCAGCGGCUGCAGCUCUGGAGAUCUACGAGGAACAGAACGGCAGCCUGCAGGGGCUCCACGACAUCAUGGUGGCUAUGGAGUGACUGGACUGCGCGGCCUGCAUCAAGGGCUACCUGGGGCAGCCACCCAGCCCCAGCCUCGCGGGGAAGAAAGCCAGCGUGUAGUCGGAGAGCGACAGCGGGCUGAUUGACUGCGGCUCUCUGGAGGAGAGGCAGGGGGUCCGGGCCCUCCCCAGCAAAGACGGGAAGCUCACUCUGCACAUCUACGACAACGAAGCCAUGGAGUGGGAGGAGGAGGCUGCCUAGGUGAACGUGAGCCUGGGGGGGGGCGUACCCAAAAAGAACUCAGAUGGCAAGGCACUGCAGCAUUUCAGCAUGGGAAUCGGCAUGCACCGUGCCGGGGGGAAAAGGAAAUACCUUGUUAGAGCCAAGGACUGGGACAUCGUAAAGCUGUGACCUAGAGACAGUUUCAGCUCUUUGGGAGUCCUCUUCCUAAAGGUGUGGGGGCUCCACGCAGGCUCUAAUGCAUUCCCUCACUUUGCAGGGAGUAGCACACACAGUCUAAUUUCAUUUCAAGCCCUUUCAGGGUGUAUAGGAAUGAACUGGAGCGUGAGACUGUUCAAUUCUUGCAUUUGAAAAUGUAAAAACUAAGCAUGCUUGUCAAGUAUCUGAAUGCAGAAUGAAGUUACAAAAUUAAUGACAUUAAAAUGUCGGCUUUCAGGAAAUGGAUGUAUGGAUGUGUGUGUGGGGGGGGGGUUAAAAACACAAGUUGAACGAGAACGGUAAUUUCUUUUUUGUUUUGCACAUAUAUAGUUAACAGUCAAGUAUGUUUUCAUCCGAUUAGCAAUUUCUCUCAGCCUAAUAAUGUUUAAAAAGCAAUAAUAAAAAAUAAAAAAACAUUCGAUCUAAGAGAUGGUAUAUUUCCAAUCCCAGGUCAACAGGACAGAUUGUAUUUCCAAUACCAGAAAACAAAAUCUAGAUAUACUGCACAGCUGGUAAGCACACUUCUGGUUCUGAGACAUUGAAAAAGAUUCCAGUACAAUUCUUUAGUUUCACUUGAUUGACUCCAUUAGGGAGAAGGCAUUAAGAAUAUCGAUACAUAUUUCAUAGAAAUACCACAGAAUUCAUACCACCCUAAACAGAGCUAGGACAGCAACCAUACAGUUUUUCACAGGAUCUUAAAAGGAAAGUGCAGUAUCUGUAGCCCCAUCCCUAGAGAGUGAAGCCCCCCUCGAUUGCAGGCAUGCUUUCCACUUCACAUUAUUAAAACCAUACACUCCUCCUAAAGUUAAUGCAUGUGUCAGAGUGUCUUCAGAGUCCCUUUAACACAAAGCCCCAGGCUCCUGCCCUCUGGAGAACUCCUAACAGCGCAUGGGUUCAAUCUGGACUGUUAGCAGCAUUAGGUUAAUACUGGAGCUGGAGGCACAGCUACUCUGUUCACUAGGAGCUUUGAUAAAAGUGACGUCAGCUCUGGCCACCCCCCCCCCCCCACCCCCCCCACCCCACAUGCUCCACCGGUGACCUCUUGGUGUAGCCAUGGCUUUAGAGACAGCGCUUACAGACUCAAAACUACCCGUGACUGUGUCCACAUGUAGGCACUUGGCUGAUCUGAAAACACUCACUUUCCAAAAAAGUGUACAUUUUAAAAUAUCUGACAACGAUCCCUUUAUUAAGACGCACACACGCAUUAUUUCCUCCUGCAUCACUAAACCACAGAGUAGCCAUCACCUUGUUCCAAUACAAAGCCAAGUACUAACGACACUUGCGUCAGCCCAGUCGAAGCCAAUCCCACCCUCUAUCUAUCCAUCGCUCCAACUGUGUCUUUUCCUGGGUAUUUGGAUUUUGAGUUCAGGAACAGGUAAAUAGGACUUAUGCAAAUGAUUGGCCGUGCUGCAUCUGCAUGAAGACAUAAAGCUGUGCCACGUCUGAGUGCAGAACUAUUUCUCUGGGAACGCGCCUGGUCCAAUUUCGAUAUCGCCUGGUCCAAUAUAGUGAUACAUAGGGUUACCCAACGGUUUCUGUUAAGGGAAGUACCAACAGCAAUACACCUGUAAAGGCACUUCUAAAGUACUGAUUCUAACAUUCUUGCACAUUGAGUGCAAGUCUUUUUUUACAGAUAAUUUUUACAUACAGUACAAAGUUUCUGGGUGCAUAGUGUAGUAGGUCUGAAGAUCAAUAUUCAAACAGGUUUGAGGUUCUCCAAUAAUGUGGUUGGAAGCAAGCAGCCUGCCUGUUUUAAAAUGACUUGACGCUGUUUUAGGUCCCCCGAGUUAUAAAGCACUGUUCUCUUCUGCACCCAUUAAUCUCAACAGUGAAAGUAGAACAGCAGAAACGGAAUGGGGCACUGCAAGUCAAUGCCAUUGAUGUUAAUCACACCGCAUAGGAGGUUUACUGGGGAGCGGGAGGCUGGGUACUGUUAGCUUCCAACAAUGAGGUAUCUGGCAGAAUGAAAGAAGAACCUGUACUUUUGAAUAGCCAUUCGAAUACAGCACUGAAGUCAGGUAGUACAUGUUAGUUUGCAACAAGCACCAUUCCCAUUACUGCCGUGCAGGCUGCAGGGGUGUGAGGUAAGUACGUUGAACCGGUAAAACCGACAGACUAUCAAGAGAACUGAUGAUUCACUAUGUUGUUAUUGUGCAAGAAAGAAACGGACAUGAAAUUCAAAAACUAGUCCAAGACAACGUAAACGGACAGCCCUAGCAGCAUUAAUGACAUCAACAAGGGCGUUUCUGGAGAGUCCUGCCAUUCACCUAAACGUUUGUCAGCUGGAUGGUCAGAAGACUGCUGUGACGUUCCUGAGGAAUCCUGAGCACUCGAUCGUCUCGGGGGGGGGGGGGGGGGGGGGUGUCUAAAAUCUUUUUAUUUAAAAGCUGUGCACAAAACUGUGACUUUUUUUUUUUUCCCUGAACAUGAUUUUUCAGUUCAUUUAAAUAUUUAUAUAUUUUUACAAUAUCCUCCAGGUAGUGUUUUGUCUAUCAUCUCCUCCCACCCCAGUGGUACAGUCCCUGAAAAUGUUCUCGCUCUCUCUACC